AUGUCUGCUCAGAAUCUUGCUUAUCGUUACGAGGGCCGUCUUGUAAUAGUCGGCUUUCCUUCGACCUACGAGAGAGCUGUCGGGGCCGCCUGUGUAUCAUUUCCUGCGCUGGCAGCAGAAUCAGACGCCUUGAAAUUCUACGCCACGGACGACCGCUUCGGACGAGUCAUGAUAAGCCCAUCUGCAUGGGACCUGCAUGCGCAUACGCUCAAGCCAGGACAGAUACUCGACAUAGAACUGUCUCGGAACCGACCUGGACCUCAAGAUAAGCCUCAAGAGCUACAUCUUCAGCGUCACAACAUCCCACGGGUAGUGGUUAUUGCCCCCGAAGCUAACAACCCAGCGCCAAGGAGUAUCCGGAUAUCCAUGGACCCUAGAUAUCUCAUCCCAUAG